CAAACCUUUUUAUCUUCUCUCUUCUCCCUCUACUCUGUUUCUCUUCCCCACCACACCCACCUCACCUCUCAUCUACGUACAACCCCACCCCCUCUCUUCUCCAUCCCCACUCCCACAAACAGAACCGAUCUUCUACGCCGGCAGCAUGGUUCGACUCUGGUGGCGUGGUGUGCCUCCGGCGGCGUGGUGUGACUCCGGCGGCGUGGUGCGACUCCAACGAGAUCUGAGACGGAUCUGAGCUCUACCAUGGUCAGAUCAAUGGAGGUUGGCAGCGAUAAUUAUGCCAGAGGUUACAGAUGAGGCGAUGACAACGCCAGCACGCCGGUGGCGGCGGCUUCGACGCCGGUGGCGGUGGCGGUGGCGGCGACGGUGAUAGUGACAGUAGAGGUUGCACUACCACUUUGUUUUGUGCGUAGCAAGAUGAAUGCCAACGCCCUGUUCGCAAAGAGGAAGGGCAAGACCCAGGCAAAGGAGAAGGGGCCCUCGGGCCAGAAGCCAGCCGACGCGUUUUUCCCGAAGGUCGUAGAGCCUUCCGCUGGGGACGUCCGUGCUGUUGUGGGGACCGGGGGGUCGAAGGCCGAGGCGGCCGCGAAGAAGAAGAGGAGUGAUAAGGGGGUGGAGCCCCCUACCAAGAAGCAGAAAGCCGCCGGGGGCGCUGUCGAGGGGGCGGCCCCCCUCAUAGUUAUUGAUGACAUGCCCGCCGCUGAUGGGCCUCUGGCCUCGGUCACUCCGAAGGCUCUGGUGAAUCCCCCCCGGAGGAAUUAUCCCGGGAGAUCCGUCAACUCUCCUUUUCCCCUGGUGCUUCACUGAUGCACGGCACUGCCGAGCCGAGGGCCUUCCUACGGGGCAUCACCUCGAAGAUGGACAGAGAAGUCUUCGAGACAUACGACGACGAUGCCCUCGAGAACAGGAUCCUCCGGUCCUCUCUUACUGCCUGCAUAGCCCUCGGGGAACAGGCCCGGAGGCGUGAGGAACGGCGCCUUCACGAGGCCGAGCAAGACAAGAAGAUGGAUGGGCUGGUUCGCAAGAACUCCGAGGCGAUGAAGCAUGCUGCGCAGCUGGAGGAGGCCCUCCGGGAGGCGAAGGCGGCGGCGGAGAAAGCCAAGGCUGAUGGCAUAGCCGAAGGCAAGGCAGAGGCCGAGAGGGCUGCUGCCGAGGCGGCGAAGAAAGCUGCCGAUGAAGCCCAAACCGCCAAGGAGGGAGCUGUGGCCGAGGCCCGAGGGGAGGCAGUUGUUGAGUUCCUCGCCGAGGGCUGGAGGACCGAGGGCCACAAGGAGUGGGUGGCCUCCGUGGUGGCAGCCUCGGUGGAUGCUUGGGUAGAAGGCCCCGGGGUUGACUGGCUGACAGAUAGGGGCGACGCCUACUACCAGGGGGUGAGUUCUUUACCCAGCACCUGAUUUACCGGAGGCUCGCCAAGCACUUUGGCGUGUCCCUCGACCAAUUCGACCCUUCAGCAUACAGCCUCCCUCCAUUGCAACCAGAUGUGAGAGUUCCCCUCCCCUCGGGUGAAGAGCGGCCGACAAUAUACGAUUCUGUGAUGAUGGGGGGUGAUGGGGGCGGAGCCGUCGGUGGUGAUGCUGCUGCGGAAGAAGUCUCCUCCAAGGCCGCCGUAGAAGAUGCCCCCGGAGAUAAUGAUGCUGAAGUCACAGAGAAGAUCUGUACUUAGUCAAUCUUUGAAAAAUCUUUGUAAUGAACAUUUGUCACCCCUCGGCUUUGGCCAUACUCUGUAACAAAUACAUUUGAAUCCCUUCUUUUUGUUGGAUGAAUGAUUGCCUUCGGG